AUGCAGUGGCCAGGCCUGGACGUGUCGCAGCACAGCACAGCCGAGGCAGAGGCAGUGGUGUUCAUCGGCAGCAGCGCGGCAGCCGCGCAGCCUUUGCCCCGCUGGGCGCGGGACGAGGAUUCUGGGGGCAGCCCCAGCCCGGACUCGCCCCUGUCGCUGAAGCAGUGCUCGCCUGCCAAAGCACGACGCUCCAAGCGCGGCCUCGGCCGCACCUACUUCAACAGCAGUCGCUCCAUCAGCAGCCAGGAGUCGUCGCCGCUCGCCACCACGGCCGCCGCCGUGGCCGCGUCGGCCAGCUCGCCGUUCGACCACGGCCUGCACACCUUUGUGCGCAGCCCGCGCUGGGCCGACCAGCAGGCGGGCGCGCAUCGGGCCGCCAGGGCCGCGCACCAGAGCGUCUUUGUGCAGUCCAGCGUCAACAGCGUCGCCGGCGUCCAAGGCAGCGCAGUUGACGGCGAUGCCUCCCCGCUCGCUUCCACCCCGGUCAGGUCCCCGCACGUGCCGCUGGUGCAGCACAAGAAGGACGCAACUGCGAGCUGGGUGGCGGCAGCCGGGAAUGCAGCGGUGGCCGGAGCCGCGCAGGUGCGGCUGCUGCCGUCGCCAUUUGCAACGGUCGACGCGGCCGCGGUGCGCUUGCCCACCGUGACCGACAGCAGUGCAUCCCCCUCUGCCUCGUCGGGCCUGUUCGGGCGCAUGCGUACGCUGUCCGCGCCGGAGCGCCGGACGGUUGAGGCAGCCCGGCCGCAGGCCAGCCCAACCAAGAGCGGCGCGGACGGCAGCCCCGGAGAGGCGCGCCUGCUCUCCGCGCAGGCCGCCUGGGCCGCCCUCGGCGGCAGCACAAGUCCCCAGCGCUGCUCCGCGGUCAACAGCCCCCGCGAAGCCUUCCAGAGCAUGGAGUCGCUGGAGCCGGCGCCCACGGAGGAGGGCUUCUACCUGGGCGGCCAGAUCGAGAAGGUGCUGAGCGAGCUGAAGGACGAGGCGCAGCCCCUGCAGCUGCGGCGCUACUCGCGCAGCUUCAGCGAGCCCAACCUUUUCCAGCACUUCAUGAAGGGCAUGGACGCGGAAGCUGCCGGCCAGGAGGCGGACAAAUCCGAGGAGGAGGAUGAAGAUGAGGAGGGCGUCAUGAUGCGAUUGCAGAGCACUGUGGAAAUUAUGCAGGAGAAGCACAGCGAAGCGUCGACGACUGCGCGGCUGCUGUCUGCCGAGCUGCGGGAGAGGAUGCAGUCCGGCGCUGAGGCCUCCACGGCGGACAGCAGCGCGCACAGCGGCCAGAACGGGUGCGCGGCCGGGGCCUGCUUCGACAACCGCAGCCGCUCCAACUCCCUGAAGCGGUCGCGCGAGGAGUUCUCCGUGCCUGCAGCGCCCAUCAGGCUGGAUGUCACUGCUGGCCCCUCCUCCGGCCACUCCUACACCCUGGAUGAGGGCCUCACUGAGGUGACAUUGGGGCGGCUGGGUGGCAACACAAUGGCAGUCAACGACAACGAGGUCUCUGGAAAACAUGUGGCCAUCCGCUGGGAUCCCUCAUGCAGAUGCUGGCAGGUCAUGGAUUUGGGAAGCUUGAACGGAACGACGCUGAACGGACGAAUCAUAAGCACCAGCAACAGGAGGCGAGGGAGGUUGUGGCGGCUGAAUGAUGGCGACCAGCUGCAGCUGGGCGUCCAAUCUGGCGUGAUGAUCACAUAUCUGCCACUGGCCGAUGCACCGAGUGGACUGUCCCUGGCGCCGAAGCCGGUGCUGGCGCCAACCAACUCGCUGCUAACGCUGCCGACGCUGCGCAGCGACGCGCUGAUCGCGCUCACAUCCCAGCCGGACUCCGAGCGCACCUCGCGCCUGCUCACACGCCAGCCGCGGCUCCACCUCGAGGCCUGGCUCGCCUCCUGCACCGGCCGAGAACACGCUCGCAUGGGCCAGGGUAUGGAGGAUGUGGGGGGCUGCGAGGAGGCGCUGCUGGGGGCAUCGCAGCCGGCGGUGCUGUGCAGCAUCUUUGACGGCCACUGCGGGCGCGGUGCUGCGGACGAGGCGGCCAGCGCGCUGCCGGCCCUGCUGGCCGGGCGGCUGCGCGCGGCCGUAGCGGGCCUGGCCGACGGCUCCGGCGUGGCUGCUGCCUGGCAGGACGCCUUCCGGGAGGCCGAUGAGGGCCUGUGCGCCGAGGAGGGCUGCACCGCAACCGCUGUCCUCGCCUGGCACAAUGCACAGGGGUCGGUCUGCUUGCAGGCAGCAAACGUAGGUGACUCUGCGGCGUACUUUGCUCGCGUGCCCAAGAAGCGAAGCUGCGAGCCGGACGUCCUGCGGCUGACCGGGGACCAUCGGUACACCAACCCCCUCGAGAGGGAACGCCUGGCUGGCAUGGGCGUCCGCAUGGGCGCCAAUCGCACGCGGCUGUAUGGGCUCAACCUGUCGCGCUGCCUGGGCGACAAGUUCCUGAAGGACCAGGAUCUGGGCCUGAGCGCGGUGCCCCACGUGAGCGAGGUGGUCUGCCUGGAGCCGGGCGCCGCCGCUGUCGUGGUGCUGGCUUCCGACGGCCUCUGGGACGUGGCGCUUGCGGCGCAUGCGGACUCGGGCGGGUCUGCGCAGGCGAUGGCGGAGUCCUUGCUGGCACACGCGCAGAAGCAGCGCAGCAAGGACGACAUCUCCGUCAUAGCCAUCACGCUGGCUGCAGACUGA